AUGAAGAGCUCGGACAUGUCUGUCGGACGUUCGCAAGAUUCUCUUCCGUCUCUUGACCCCAGCAAAGAAGGCGCCUUCACAUGCAGCAAGCCCGACAAGAGCAUGCACAUCACGUCCAUGCUCAAUGGAGGCAACGACCAGCCCUGGGCCAGAACAGCUGUAACCCAGAGCAUGAACAUGGAGAUGAAUCAAGGGUGCCCCAACGGACUUAUGAACUACUACUCCAACACAUUCUUUGAUCCGAGGACAAGCUCGUCUAACCUCUUCAUGCGAGGCGACCCCAAGACCUCCCUGCCGUUUGACUACUACAAGAGCAUAAACCCAAUGACCAUGUUCUCAAACCCGCUGGGCGCUGUUCGGUUACAAAAUGAGGUCAGCUCUUACAAGUUGUCCGAUCAGCUGAGAGACGUUGCUUCAUCUUCGCUGCUCAUGGCGACAAACUCGUCAGCAUUUGAUACUCGCCUGCUUGCAGAAGGACGGACCUUCAAGAGUGAGUUGACCCGCGACGAUGAGCUGCUUCAGCAUCGGCACAACUUCCACCUCAGCAAGCCUGUUGACAGACUGCAGGCUCUCAAGGAAAUGGCGCUCCGAGAUUUGGCUGCCUCAAGGGACUCCGGCAGCUCGUCUGCCUUCGCCCGGGUCAAGACUUGCGAAGAUGAAGACCAGAACAAGGGCGCGAUGAAGCUCGAGGGUAAACACGCAGACCUGGCAGAGAAGUCAGACAACGGGAACGAGGCGGGCAGGAAGGAGUGCAAAGCUUGCACGUAUGGGUCUCACUGUGCACACACGUGCGACAAAGGCAAGAAAGGCGCCCCAAAGACCGUGAUUCCGAAGAAGAGAAAUAAAGAAAAGUCCAGCAACGGACAGGAUGCAUGGCAGAAAAAGCAAGCUGCGAUGGAAGAAAAACUUCGCAGAGAACAAUUGAAGCAGAGGCAGAAGGAGGAAAGAGAAAGACUGAAGAAGGAGAGAGAGAACCAGAGGAAAGAAGAUCAGCUGCGCAAGAAAGCUGAGGAGGCAAAGAAGAAAGAAGAGAGAGAGAAAGAGCGCGAGCGUACAGAGCAGAAGAAGCAGAAAGACGCGCAAGCAAAGCGACCGAUCCUGGACGCUGAGGUCGAGGAUGUCCUUGCAGCCGUUAGCUUCAUGAGCUUGUUCGGACGGCAGCUGAUCGGGCUGAAGAUCGACGCAGACUUCCUGUACGAGAGCUUGCAGGAGGGGACGGACUCGAAGCUGCAUGAAGUCUUCAUGCGCCUAACCAACGCGGCACUGGACGCUAUGGAUCAGGCACGGGGGAGCGAAGAAGUGAAGGAGGAGAGAGAGGGGAAACGUGGAGACGCGAGCGACAUCCGCAUGGUCAAGCACGUCUGCCUCUCCUCUAAGGAAGAUGGCUCCGGCUCUUACCCGCUCUGGUCCUUGUUGAACAACAUCACUUGGCCGGCGCUUCUCAGCGUCUUGCUCGUUAGUCUGUCCGACUCUCAAGAGGCCUCGGAGCCCUGGUACUCCGACUGCGCCAAGCUUCUGCUUGAGCAGGAGCCCAGCUUGCUUCCGCUCGAUCUCAAGGUUAAGCUUCUUCGCUUCCUGUGCGACGAAGCCUGCUCGUCGCCGGGCAUGCACAAGGUCCUCGAGUUCAACCUCGAGACGCAGCAUCAGAUCCGCAAGUCAAGGAUGGAGUCAGACACUCUUGACAAGAAGCGCAAGCUUGACCUGCAGUCAGCGCUGGAGAAGAAGAGCGCCAAGGCAACGGGAGGGAGCAGCGAGUCACAGGGAGACAAGCCCGAGGGUUCCAAGAAGGCUAAGGCGGCAGAGGCAGCUGGAGGAGGAGGAGGAGGGGAUCCUGGAGCGACGGACCAGAAGGUGGCACAGUCUCGAGCUCGAGCAGAGGAAGUUUGGUUGUCGCGGAGGAGCGGGAGCGAGCGACUGCCGAGCGAGACGGAGAUAGAGAGCGAGAUGAAGAUGCUGGAGGACCGCAAGCGCAAGCGAGACGUGGAGUUUAACAGGGAUAUGGACCGAGUCAAAGUGCGAGGGGAGUGUCUGGGACAAGAUCGCCUGCAGCGAGUGUACUGGCAGCUUGAAGGAGUUGCGGAUGUUGUGCUGGUGCGGGAGGCCAAGGGAGGAGGGUGGACCUGCUACUCCUAUGGGGAAGAGCUGGACGCGCUCAUGGGCUGGCUGAGCGUGCGGGGGAUGCAAGAGAACAAUCUGCUCAAGCGACUGAGAAGCCUCCUGAGCUAUCAGAAGGACUUUGCUCAGAUCUCAAAAGCCACUAAGGUGAAAGACGUGUCAGCCAGAGCUCCUUACAACCGCUUGUCAAAGUCUUCCGACUCCUCUCCUCCAAUCAUGAACGUGCUGCAGCAGCUGAGCACGAAUGCAGCAGCGUUCGAGGGGCCUGGCGAUGAGGACGAUGGAGUGAAGAUGGCCAGAGAGAAUCUGCUCAACCUGGAGGCCUGGUGCAGGUGGAGUUACGUGGCUGAGCCGAACCCGGAGGAGGAAGACAAGGAGGACGAGGAGGAGGACAACGAGCUGUCAGCGAUGGCUAGCUCUGUCUCAAGCUGGCAGAAGAGGAGACAAGAUUGGGCGAAGAAGCUGAAGCAAGCGAAGAGUCUCCGUGCCGUCGCUGAUGCGAUGGUUGUGAUGGAGAGCUUCCUUCAUGACGUCUCCUCCUCCUCCUCCUCCUCCUCCUCCUCCUCGUCUCAUCGCAGUGCGGAUGCUGCUGAGCCAGCGGGAGGUCGAAGGCCUGAGGGCCUCGAGUUUGCUCGCGGGAUCCUACAGGGGACCAUCGAGUACUCUUGCGAUGACGAGGGCUCGGACGACUGCGAUGACCAGGGGAUCGCUCUGUGGUCCAAGGAGGAGGAGAGGAGCGCAUGGCAGCUGCUCGCCUCCCGCACCAGUGCCGCGUCUGUUAACCUCGCCGUCCUCCUCCUUGGCGAUCGUGUCGCCUCCCUGCUCCGCAACAUCGUCAACCUCCGCCUGCGCUCGUCAAAGGGUCGGAAGCUCCGCGUGUGCGUAUGGACGGAGGACAUCAAGGCCUAUGCAUGGCAUGCCUGCGUGGUAAUGGGCUACAAGGUUCCGUUCCCCAUGGCCGCGAGCCCCUCCAAGGGAGACAGCAGAAGCAAGAACGGCGUGGUCAAGGUCAUGCACCGCGUCCGCUGGAACGACGGGGAAGAGGACGAGUGGCUCUAUCUUCCUGAGGAAGCGUUUCAAGUGUGGAAGGUCAGCGGAUCAAAGUCGAGCUUAGGUCGCUGGUUGGAGCCUCAGGAGACGGAGCUUAACUUCCUCCUCGCGUCCGACCAGCUGGCAGUAGAGGAGGCAGCGAGCAAGAGGAGCCGCCUGGCCCCUUCCAAGAAAGAUUAG